UGUCUGUUCUUCUUCUCUUGGAUGCUCCUACUGGAGCUGUGAUCUGAGUGUGGCGGAGGGCAUGUCCGGUUAAUCAUGGAAACUCCACCGGGUUGCCUGACAAAGAGCCAGAGCAGGGGCACGUACCGCACGCACAUGAUGGAGCGGCAGCCACAGGCCACCACCGCCGUGACCCACCCAAGAUGCGUCCCUUCGCUCCUCCCUACCUCCGCUUGCAUUCAUUGCUCUUCCCUGUGAUCCUUGAUCCUCCGAGGGUCUCCGGUCAUUACAGGCACGUUUAGUGCAGGCUAUGCACCGUAUCGCUGAAUUGAUCACAUAGGGGUGUGUGUAUUACUAUUAAUAUUCUCGUUUCCCGGAGACAACGGUCCCAUUUCAUUUGCUCACAUCAAAACACGACAACCGCGGUGAGGGGCGAGGACGAGUUAAUCAAAGUGCCCCCCCACCCUCACCCUCAUUGAUGGCUACUUCCUCCCACCGCCUCAAAACCCACACCCAACAACAACCACCACCACAACCAGGGACACAGCCACGGCCGCAGCAGCCUAACCGCAGAUCGAACACGAACGCCAAGCGCCGGAAGCGCCGGGAGACUCUCCCCCCCCACGUCGUCUCUUCCGACGGGCCCUGGUGCUGCGCCACCUCCUCCUCAGUCGCUGCCUCACCGCCUCACGCCCGCCGCGUCCCCGCGGUGGUCCCGCAGGACCAGGCCGAGGCCGUUCUGAUCGCCGAGGUUCCCCCGUCUGCCUCCCCCUCGCCCUUGCCCAUGGAUGCCUCUCCUGCCGCCUCCCCCGCCGCUUCCGCUGCUGCUGCGUUCUCCUCCCCCUACCCCCCGUACCCCUCCAGCUACAGCAAGUUUAACUCUGCCCUCAACGCGGGUCUUCUGAAUCCCAUGUCCCCUCCGCCACCGCCGCCCCUCGACAAGACCCGCUCCAGCCCAACCCUCUUCGACAUGAUGGCGAACGAGCAGGACUACCACCCCCGCCCCGCCGUCCCCCCUCAGCUGCCACUCCCCGGCCGCGCCGGCGCUGCCUUAGCGGCCGCCUCAGCCCAGGACCGCCAGCUCCUUCUCCAGGAGCGCGUGGCUGAGAUCAUCGGUAGCUGCAGCCCCGGGAACCAGCUCAACGACGCGGAGUCCGGGGACGUCCGCCUCACCCUCAGCUCCAAGGACGGCCUCACCGUCUCCCUCAACGUCCACCGCAACAUCCUUGUCGCGCACAGCCGCUUCUUUGCCGCCAAGCUCUCGGACCGUUGGUCCAAGCAGCAGCGCUCCCUUCCGCACAUCGUGGAGAUCUCUGACUGCGACGACGUCGAGGUCUAUGUGGAGACCCUCCGCCUGAUGUAUUGCAAGGAUCUGCGCCGGCGCCUUAUGCGGGAGGACGUCUCCAAGGUCCUCGGCAUUCUAAAGGUUUCAGCGUCGAUCGCUUUUGAUGCGGGGGUUCUAUCUUGCCUCGAGUACUUGGAAGCCGCCCCCUGGGCGGAGGACGAGGAGGAGAAGGUGGCCUCGCUUCUAUCUCAGCUCCACCUGGAUAGCUCGGGCGCAGAGGAGGUGCUCAAGCGGGUGUCCCUUGAAAUGGCGACAUGCGACGCCGAGGAGCCCAACGGCGGAAAUGGAGGCGAGGAAAUCCUCGUCCGGCUAAUCCAGGUGGUGUUAGAGGGCAAGGACGAGAAGGCGAGACGGGAGAUGAAGGGCCUGGUCUCCAAGAUGCUCCGCGAGAACAACACCGCCUCACAGUGUGGCGGAAUGGGCGGCGGUGGGGGCGCCAACAGGGGCGGAGACCUCAGCAAGGAGUCCCUCUACUCCGCCUGUGAUGGCUGCCUCCGCUCGCUCCGCCACCACUUCGCCCUCGCCGCCGCGUCCGACCUUAUCGAGGCCGCUCAGAUCGCGCGGCAGGCGGACAACCUCCACUGGAUCCUCGACAUCCUCAUCGACCGGCAGAUCGCCGACGAUUUCCUGCGGACGUGGGCGUGCCAGGCGGAGCUCUCGGAGAUGCACCCCAGGGUGCCGGCCAUUCACCGGUACGAGGUGAGCCGGGUGACGGCACGGCUGUUCGUCGCGGUUGGGAAGGGUCAGAUUCUGGUGUCCAAGGAGGCGCGAUGCCUGCUGCUGCGAACCUGGCUGGAGCCAUUCUACGAGGACUUCGGGUGGAUGCGGAGGGCAUGCAAGGGCCUCGACCGCCACCUGAUCGAGGACGGCCUCGCCAACACCAUUCUCACGCUGCCGCUGGCCACGCAGCAGGAGAUCCUGCUCGCUUGGUUCGACCGGUUCCUCAACGCCGGCGACGACUGCCCCAACAUCCAGAGGGGCUUCGAGGUGUGGUGGCGGCGGGCCUUCUGGCGGAGGAACGGGGAGCCCGAUCAACAGCCGCCGGUGCUCAGGAUCACGGCCGCCGCCGCUGCCUGCGAGAAUUCUUGCUGAUCAGGAGCACAACAAAUUCGCGCAUUGGCUACUGCCAUUUCAAUCUGAUGUCAACCAUUGGCGGAUGUGAUUGCCCAUCCUUCCUGUCUAAGCCAAGUCCAUCUCUGGCAUUGCGUUGUGCAGUAUAGGAAGUGAGUGCAGUUUGGAUAGCAACCUCCCGUUUCGUUUUCUUCUUCAAUCAGAACCAAGUAACACAUACAUCGGAUGCUCAUCUUUGCGAGCAUCGACAAGAAGAACUCCAUAUUCUGGUUAGAGGAUCCUCCUAAAUCACAGCAAAUCUACCCAUGCAGUGUUUGUCUCCUGUUUGUGAUACGAACUUUGGAUGAAUGCUACCUAGCCAUGUGCAGGGUAGCCUUUACCCU